AUGCUGAAACUCCCACCAACCUCAUCCUCCCUAGAAACCAAACGGAGUCCACUCCCCAACCCCAAAAGCUCAAUGAAAACCAACCGCAGAAACAUUCCGACCUCACCAGCACUCACAUCAGACCAAAAUCCAGCCCCAAAGGCCAAGUCAAACACCCAAACAACAACAACCCCCGAACCCCCAGCCCCUCCAUUCCGCAGCGUCUCCGCCUGCAACAGAUGUCGUCUGCGCAAACACCGCUGCGACCAGCGCCUCCCUCGCUGCGAGUCAUGCGAGAAAGCCCAAGUCCGCUGCGUGGGCUACGACCCACUCACCAAGCAAGAGGUACCACGCAGCUACGUAGCCUUCCUCGAAAGCCGCGUCAAUUAUCUGAACCAAGUCCUCAUCGACCACGGCAUCGGGUUCAAGCCCGCUAUCGCCUACGACGAGGAAGAAACGCUGAAAAUGGAGGCCGGCCAAUCACCGAGGUUUGAGUCUCGCGGGCUGAGGGAGGCGAGAGAACUUCCAGAGCAGACGCAGACCCAAAUGGGGAUGGGGGCGCGCACGGCCCGUAAGAGGAAAUUGGCUCACUAUUCGGAGGACUCUAUUCCGGCCAGACAGGUCAAGCGCUUGGCGCAGUUAAAUGUCCUUCUUACAGACCUGUUGACCGAUGGAUGUGAUCAUCGACAAUGUUCUCGUGAUCCUGGCAGGGGUUACUUGCGUGCUGCUCGUAGGCAUCAAAUACAGGAGGACUCGCUUGAGCAGAGAAUCCCGUGGUCGCCGCGGAGCUUUGAUUCGCUUGAUCAUAAUGAUAGCCGCGCGACGAGGUCUGAGUCGCCGGUGUCAUUGAGUGAGUCGUAUCAAUAUCCUAGGAUGAAUCCUGGGCGCGGUUCGUCUCUGCUCGGUGUUGAGAAUAUGGGAUCAGACCAUGGGCGUGAUGUACAGGAUACGAAAAGACAGUCUGGGGUUGAGCUUGAUUUGGGAGACUUUGACUCUGAGAUACCCGCUAUCAAGCCCGUUGCUGGGGGUAGUAAAUUGGGGAAGAUCAAUGUCGCUCGACAUUUAAAUGUUUCGAGUCGUGCUUCGUCGCCAGAGAAGGAGGACCGUUCUAGUCCCGAGCCUAAGUUUGAUAUUGCUGCUGAUCUUCUUCGGGGACGGAGGGAGAGGGAGAGGGCUAAUUAUGAUUUGCUGGAUGAGUUCCUAGUUGACUGGGCAGAGUGA